GAAAUCCGUGCAUGGGUCAAUGUUUCUCAAGAUUAUGAUAAGACUAUGAAAAGGAAUUUGUUGACUCGUAUUUAGGAAUUAGCUCCCUCAACAAAACAUGGAGAUUACGAGAUGAGUAGUGAAGAUAAAUUGGGAGAAGACACGCACAAAUGCUUGAAGGGUAAGAAAUAUCUCAUUGUCAUGGAUGACAUAUGGGGUAUUGAAGCCUGGAAUGAUAUCCAAAGAUCACUCCCUAGGGAAUGUAAUGGCAGUAAAGUGUUGUUCACUAGUCGACUACUUGUUGAACCUAAUAGCAUCCACUGCGUCCCACACUGUUUGGCUCCCUUACCAAAAAGUUGUAGUUGGGAGUUGUUACAAAAGAAGGUAUUCGGGAAAAAAUGUUGCCCACCGGAGUUGGUUGGCAUCGGUGAGCAUAUAGCAGAAAAAUGUAAAGGACUACCCCUCGCAAUUGUUGCAAUAGCUGGCAUUCUGGCAGUGGAAGACAAGACACUCGACGUGUGGGAGGGAGUUUCCAAACGUUUAAGUUCGAUCAUUGGCAAAAAUCAGGACGGUUGCAUGAAGAUACUAGAACUUAGUUACAAUCACCUGCCUCUUCAUUUAAAAGCGUGUUUCAUUUAUAUUGGAGGAUUCCCCGAAGAUUCUGAAAUCCUCGUACGUGAGUUAAUAUGGUUAUGGAUCGCGGAGGGAUUUAUUCAGCAAAGCGAGGGGGAUAAAAGCUUGGAGGAUGUAGCGAAAGAUUACUUAAGCAGUCUUAUUGAUAGAAGUCUCAUUAUGGUAGCUAGGAAAAGGUCCUUGGGAGGAAUUAAAUCAUGUCGUAUCCAUGAUCUUCUACGUGAAUUAUGCUUGAAAAAAGCUGAGGAGGAUAAUUUUCUCGUGCAAAUUUACGGGGAUGAUACUUUUUCACCUUCUGCUGCAAAGCAUCAUCGCCUCUUCAUUGGCUGCCAGUUCUUUCGUGAGGUUUCCUUAAGGCCUUGUACUCGAAACCUUCGUUCUUUUCUUUGCCUCAACUUGCAAAACUCCAAUCAUUUACCAUUUGAAACAAAUCUAAGAUUUUUUGUUAAAAACUUUGAACUUCUUAGGGUGUUGUGUUUUAUCUCCACUGAAUGCCGAGGAUAUAUAGGAAGAGGAGAUCUAAUUCAUUUGAGAUACUUGGCACUUCAGUUACCAAAGGACACAUCGGACUUUGCAUCGCCAUUUUCCUACCUCUUCAACCUAGAAACCCUUAUCCUCCGAGCUCAGUGGACUCACUCUUAUUGGAAAACUAUUCCGUUGCCUCGCGAUAUAUUUAAGAUGGUUAAGUUGAGGCAUCUAUAUGCUAAAAGAGGGGCAUUCACAUAUCAUCUUAGCUGUCGUUUUACUGACUUAGAAGUUGGAAUUGGUUUGGAGUACCCUUCGUCCAAGUUGGAUAGCCUACAAACCUUGCAUCCAAUAUGUCCUUGUAAUGAGUGCCGAAAUUUCUUGGUAAGGACUCCCAAUCUUAGGAAGCUAGGUGUUUGUGGAGAUCUAAUAUCCGACGAUUUUGUUUUGAUGCUCCCCGACCUAGAGUUCUUGAAAUGCCUUGAGACACUCAGUUUUACCCACUGCGGCUUUCGGAACGGGGCAAUUACUACCCUUUCGCCAGUGCUGAAGUUUCCUCCGACUGUUACGCGGCUAACUUUGGAGAAUACGUCCUUAAAAUGGGAGGAGCUAUCAAUCCUCCAAACCUUGCCGAGCCUUGAGGUUCUCAAAUUAUCAACGUGGGCCUGUCGGGGACAAAUUUGGAACACAAGUGAACUUGAGGAGGGGUUCUCUCAACUCAAGUACUUGAGGUUACAUGGUCUAGAAAUUGAAGAAUGGAAUGCUUCCGAAGAUCAAUUUCCGAGUCUUGAGGUCUUAGUGGUUAAAUAUUGUUCAAAUCUGAAGCGGAUCCCGAUUGAUUUUGCUAAUCUGAACGUACUUCGUGAAAUUGAGGUAGUGUUGAGCAGUCGCUUUGCAGAGGAAUCAGCCAAGGAGAUCCAGGAAGAGCGAAGAAAUACAAGAGGAGAUGAUGAUUGCAUAAAUCUCUUGGCCUCGUCUAAUUAUUAAUUGGAA